AUGAGGAAUUACACAACGGCGUCGUCUCAGUCCUUCAAUGGCAAGAAGAAGCUCUUGUUUCGCCAGCUUUUCGAGAAGGAUUCCUCUACUUACACGUAUUUGCUAGCUGAUGUUGCUCAUCCGGAUAAACCUGCUCUGUUAAUUGAUCCAGUUGACAAGACAGUGGACAGGGACCUCUCCCUUGUAAAAGAGUUAGGAUUAAAAUUAAUUUAUGCUAUAAACACUCAUGUUCAUGCCGAUCAUGUAACCGGAACUGGCUUGAUUAAGACUAAGGUUCCUUCAGUGAAAUCUAUUAUUUCGAAAGCAAGCAAAUCCAAAGCUGAUGUUCUGGUUGAAGAUGGUGAUAAAAUUCAUUUUGGGGACAUUUUUCUGGAGGUUCGAGCUACUCCGGGCCAUACACUGGGUUGUGUUACAUAUGUUACUGGAGAUGGGCCAGAUCAGCCUCAACCAAGGAUGGCUUUUACUGGGGAUGCAUUGCUGAUACGUGGAUGUGGAAGAACUGAUUUUCAGGUCAGCACUGUUGGGGAGGAAAUGCAAUAUAAUCCCAGACUGACUAAAGAUGAGGAAACGUUCAAGGGCAUCAUGGCAAAUCUGAAUCUUCCAUAUCCAAAGAUGAUUGACAUAGCUGUUCCUGCAAAUAUGGUCUGUGGGCUGCAAGACCCGUCUGUGAAGCCUGUUGAAGCCACAUCGAACUAG